CACCCUCGCUCACGCUCCUCUCAAAGCUCAGGCAGUGCAGUUUUUCGCACGACAAGACGAUGCUUUCAGAUGAUUUCCUCGGGCAUGCCGACGUAUUUCUUAACCUAAGGUAAUGCUGAAUAAUUUGAUUCGUGAUAGUGCACGAGCAGGCAUGCUCUUCGCAGAGAGAAACACAAUACCAGUCUCUCUUCUCGGCACUUUCUCGAGUCUUAAAGUUUUCAAAUUAUCAGGGAAAGCGAGCUCGACGUCGAAGAGCGCGAAUUAGCGAUGGCGCUGCGUAUCGAGCAAUUAGAGGCACGAGAAGCUGCAUUUGAAGCUGAGGAGCCCAUGCGCACCUUUGCACUUGACAAACGUGAACUCGCCUUAAAGCAGCGAGAGUUGGCUAUUGAGCAAAAGAUUGAGAACUUACUGCAGCGUGAAGGCGAGUUGCGAUAUUUAGAGUCAGUUUUAGCCAAAGAAGAGCUCGAUAUCGCAGAAAGGCGGUGGACGUUGAAUGCAAGAAGAGACGAACCGGCUGGUGAAAUGGCAAAGGUCUUCGAAGCUUUGACCAUAGCGGGAAAGGAGAACAUCGAGUCCUCUGAAGUGAGCGAGAACCUUUCACAAAGUGUUGCUGGUACUGUUUUUUUUGGGUCUGAAAGCGAGGAGGCUGCUUGGUUAAAAGUGCGUAUGAAGGAAAUGAAGAGGCGUCUGUUGAAAUUGUCUACAACAGUCAAGAUGGAAGGCAAUUCAGAUAGAGAUGUUCUUGCACUAGCUGCGCAUGCAGAUGAUCUCCGAGAACAUUUACGAGUGAUGCGGCUCAAGGCAGACUUGGCAGGGGUGAUGAAGCUGGUGAAUGAAGUUGCCACUGACGUUGCAAGUAUGGAGGCUAAAGGUGUUGAGACUGAGGCCGAGGACAAGAAACAAGUCAGGGACAGUGACGUAACUGAGCUCAGCCUGGCUCUGCGUUUCAAGCAGUUGGAAGUCCGCGAGGCUGAGUUGAGGGCAAAGGAACAAGAAUUGACACCUAAAUGAAAAAGAAUCAAACAAAAUACCUUCAAAAUGUCCCAAAAAACUGUUGGAAUGGUGAAAAUCAAAGUUUUCACUGGAAAGUCUUGCAUCGUGAAAAAAUCGUACUUGCUCCCUGACAUGUGAGUACCCUGAUUAUAUGAAGUGUAUCUGAUCUUACCAUUCCGAAGUGACAAGUGGCAGCGAGAGAAGUCAACUCAGUAGCUGUCGUUUAGAAAAAGUCCGAAGUAGAAACGGAAAGACUACGAACUCGAAUCUUGUCCUC